UGAGGAAGGAAGCUGGAUGGAGAGCAGGAGGAGACCUGGAGGACACAUGGCGCCCUGAGAAGCCUGAAGAAACUGCACUUGCCUUUUGGCCGUGGCCUGGUUGACACAGAUGUGGCAGAGUGAACUGUGCUUUCAAAACUGGGACAGGCUGACUCAGAACUACAGUGGCUCUGGAUUCCAGCUUCCCAGCUCCUUGCCUGACUGAGCAUGCACAUCACAGGUGUUUGGAUACUUGGGGUGAUUUCUUUAGCUUCCAGUUAUGCACACAAAGAAAAUACUUUGCCAGAUAUUGAAAAUGAAGAUUUUAUCAAAGACUGUGUUCGAAUGCAUAACAAGUUCCGCUCAGAGGUGAAUCCGAUAGCCAGUGAUAUGCUCUACAUGAGUUGGGACCCAGCUUUAGCUCAAAUUGCAAAAACAUGGGCAAAAGAAUGUUUGUUUAAACAUAACCCACGUUUAUCCCAGAAGCUACAUACAAAUUUCCAUACACUGGGUGAAAACAUCUGGACUGGGUCUCUAUCUGCGUUUUCUGUGUCAUCAGCCAUCACAUCCUGGUACAGUGAAGUUGAAUACUAUGACUUCGAAGAUAGAAAAUGCACCAGAGUCUGUGGCCAUUAUACUCAGGUUGUUUGGGCAAAUAGUUACAAAGUUGGCUGUGCAGUACAGUUUUGUCCUAGAGUUUCUGGUGUUCCGUUUUCCAAUGCAGCCCAUUUUAUAUGCAACUACGGACCAGCGGGAAAUUACCCAACUUGGCCUUAUAAAAAAGGAGCCCCUUGCAGUGCCUGCAGAAAAAAUGACACGUGUUUGGACAAUCUCUGUAGUAAGUAAAAGG